CAAGUUCGUGAUGGGGACGGCCACCUCAACUCAGCAACUCGGACAGAUCCAAACCGCAUCGUCCCAAACCUCUAACCAGAAAAGUCAACAUGGUAGCAACCGUCCGACUUCUCAGCGGCCUUGUAGGCUCGUUCAGUUUCCUUUCUCUUGCCUCGGCUGAGCCACAAGUCCGAGAUGAUGUCCGCAUUAUGGCCCUAGGUGAUUCCAUCACCGGCAAUCCAGGCUGCUGGCGCGCCCUCCUUUCCCGCAAGCUCAACGCCACCAACAUCACCCCACCCCUUCCCUACUCCCAAAUCCGCUUCGUCGGCACCCAACCCCGCACCUACUGCGGCUACGGCUCCGCCUACGACUGGCCGCACGAAGGGCACGGCGGAUAUCUCGCAACGGGCAUUGCCCAAGAAACCGUUCCCAUCACCGGCACUGAAGUCGUCCCGGCUCCAAGGCAGCCUCUCCUCCAAUCCUGGCUCACCGCCCCCGGCGUCGCCCCCGUGGACAUCAUCCUCAUGCACCUGGGCACCAACGACAUCUGGCAAAACCGCACCGCCAUCCAAAUCAUCAACGCCUACGGCCAGCUGUUGGAUCAGAUGCGCGCCGUCAACCCUACCAUUCGCCUUCUUGUCGCCCAGAUCUUGCCCAUGGAGCCGGCGAAUUGCCUCGAGUGCCCGGCCAAGGUCAGGAUGCUGAAUCGGUAUAUCUCGAUCUGGGCGCAGUAUGUUACUCGCCCACAGAGUCCGGUGGAGGCGGUUGAUCUGUAUUCGGGUUUCAACGCAACGAGGUAUACCACGGACGGAGUCCACCCGAAUGCGAGGGGCGAUGAGGCGAUUGCGACGGGGUGGGUGGGGGCCGUUAUACGGUCUGUUAGGGACGUGUUGGCUCAGAGAGAAAUAAGGGUUUGACGGGAGAAUAUUUGAGGAGUUGAUGAUGGAGGAUGGAUGUGUGAUUGGGAAGAUGGAUGGAACAAAGAGAGGAAGGAUUUGGUCUAGGGAUUUGGCGGUAGCUGGUCUAGUCCGAUAACCUAGCUUGUGGGAAAUGGCGAUUCUGUUCGUUCAGCAUCUGAUGUUUUUGCUUCUUUGAAGGGGGGUGGAAGUGUG